AAAAAAAUAAAAGAAGCAAUAAGAAAAGAACAUUUCGAACAGCAGAAGAACCCUAAUAAGAGAGAGACAUAGCGAGACGAUAAGACAGCAAAGCAGAAAUGGGGAUAAAGGAUCUCCUCAGAUUCAUGAAGCCAUACAUUCUCCCCAUUCACAUCCAGAAAUACGCCGGAACACGAGUGGGAAUCGAUGCGUAUUCAUGGCUACACAAAGGAGCAUACUCAUGCAGUAUGGAGCUGUGUUUAGACACUGAUGGGAAGAAGAAGCUGAGGUACAUUGAUUACUUCAUGCACAGAAUCAGUCUUCUUCAACACUAUGAGAUUACCCCAGUCGUUGUUCUCGACGGUGGUCAUAUGCCCUGCAAGGCUGCCACUGGUGACGAACGCCAAAGGAAGCGAAAGGCAAACUUUGAUGCUGCAAUGGUGAAGCUUAAAGAAGGGAAUGUCAAAGCAGCUGUUGAGUUCUUCCAGAGGGCCGUUAGUGUAACAUCAUCCAUGGCUCAUCAGUUGAUUCAGGUUCUGAAAUCAGAAAACGUUGAAUUUAUCGUAGCUCCGUAUGAGGCUGAUGCUCAGCUAGCAUACCUAUCCAGCCUCGAACUGGAACAAGGCGGGAUUGCUGCUGUUAUAACCGAGGACAGCGAUUUACUUGCCUAUGGCUGCAAAGCUGUUAUCUUUAAGAUGGACCGGUAUGGCAAAGGGGAGGAACUGAUUCUAGAUAAUGUUUUUCAAGCCGCUGAUCAAAAACCCUCUUUCCAGAACUUUGAUCAAGAGCUAUUCACUGCAAUGUGCGUACUAGCCGGAUGUGAUUUUCUGCCCUCUGUUCCUGGUGUUGGCAUCUCGAGAGCUCAUGGAUUCAUCUCCAAGUACCAGAGUGUUGAACGUGUUUUGUCAGUUCUCAAGACAAAAAAGGGUAAACUAGUUCCUGAGGAUUACUCCAGCUCCUUGAUGGAAGCAGUUUCAGUUUUUCAGUAUGCUCGUGUAUAUGACUUUCAUGGUAAGAAGCUCAAGCACUUGAAACCCCUCUCGCAGAACCUCAUGGACUUACCAGUUGAACAACUUGAGUUCCUGGGACCAGAUCUCUCACCAUCUGUUGCUGCUGCAAUUGCUGAAGGGAAAGUUGAUCCCAUAACCAUGGAGGCAUUUAACCGCUUCUCGGUUUCCGGGAGACAGAUGAAGACACCUGUUCAAUCAUUCAAAGAACAGGAAAAGAGAAGCUCCUUUUUGUUAUUGCCUUUGUCUGAAAGCGAGGAAAGAAUGAAUCUCAAAAGGAGUGCAGAUGAAGCUAUAAUCGGUCCAGAAAGUGUUCUGGAGGAGCCAAAGUAUUCCAAACAAGAUUUAGAUCUACACAAACUGGUGUCGCAGCAGCCUAACAAGGAUCAUAUGAUUAUCCCGACCAGCAAUCCCUCACUGGCUCCGGAUAACAACCCAUUCAAGAUCAGAAAAACUGAUGAAAUCAACAUGGAAGAGUAUGGUUUGCAAGAACUCAAGGUUUCUUUUGGGACCAACGGUGAAGCAAUGGAUGUUACUUCUUCACCAAACUCUAAGGAGCACGAUUGUUCAGAGGAUCAAAAGGAGGUUACAAUCGAUUUGUCCAAGCUUGAUGAUUCUCUAAUCAAACUGGACGCCGAGAAGACCAGAGACAAGGAAAGUUCUGUGGAUUCAGAAGAUGUAGUUGAGAUUCAAGGUCAUGUGAACAUAACCACAAAGAGAGUACGUGGAGCAAAACCUAGAGCUGAGAGUUUCAAAGUAAAAGCAAGCUUUAGAAGCUCAGAGGACAAGAAGGUUAGGAUCAACAAGAAAAGCAGUAUAUUAGACUUCUUUCAUCGAUUGUAAUCAAUUUAUCUUGUUCUUUAAUAUUUGUUUGUUAUCUCCUUAAAACAUGUAUGAUUUUUUUAAGUUAAUACAUAGUUUCGUU